AACAAAUUAAAACAAAAUUGUGGUAGAAAAUGCCACCCAGUUUUUGGAGCUACAUCAUUGGCUAAUCUGACAUGUAUUUUAAAUGCAAAAUAUAGAUAUAUAGAUUAUGUUUACGUAUGUAUUGUGAUAUCCGGCCACGUUAGAAGUAUAGCUGAUAAUAAUUCAAUAUUAUUAUUAAUUAUUAAUGUGCUAUUGAUUGAAACUUUAUCUCCACAUUAUGCAACAAUGAAUCUUUUUAAGAGGUUAAUUUUUGUCACUUCAUUUUUAUCAUUUAUUUUAUUUGCGGGCAGUGUAGAAUUAACAUUUGAAUUGCCAGACAAUGCCAAAGAAUGUUUCUAUCAGGAGAUAGAAAAAAACACUUUAUUGUACCUUUUACCUUAUUUUACUAGUUUUAUUUCUUAA